AUUUUGUGUACUCCCCAUUCCAAAAGUCUCAUAUUGGCGGGCAGUGUCCGGCCGUAGAUAUAUAUACUUUGACUGAGGAUGCCUAAGAACUCCAAAACUAAAAAAGGCCAUAAACCUUAUAAAGACUAUGCCUAUGGAAAAGGCAUUAGAUCUACUGAAAGACCCCGCAGCCAAAUUGCACUGAAUUAUUUUUAUUCAGCACACUCAAACCCGCUAGUGUUCCCUAUUUUCCAAUUGAAAUUAGCUGGAGAAUUAUUGAAACUAGGGCACACACCAGAAAAGCUAAGCAAAAUAUUUAAAACAAAGUCUUCCGAGUCCCUGAAGUCAGCAGAGAAAAAAACCAGCAACCAGCAUAUAUUAGCUGCAUUUUUGAUAAAUGAAUGGGUCCGCAUCAGGCGAGGAAGAUAUCGACCAAAUAUGAAGAGCGUUGUUGAUCUAUUCCCGGAUGACCCCACAAAGAGGAGGCUCGAACAUUUCUCAGAGGAAUCUACAGAAACUGAGUAUACCGAAUGUAGCAAGAGUCGUAAGUCAUUCAAGCACAUCGAGUUGAUCAUCACCCACAAAGGUGAACUCAGUGGGAUAUGCUCUUACCACAGAACACCAACUGAGCAUAAAAAAUGGUGUUUUUACAAAAUUUACGAUGAGGAUAAUAAAUCUGGCUCUAAAUCCAUUGUGAAGACGCCAUCAUCAGGUACGGGGUCACUGUCAUCGGAAAGGCUCCAAUGCCCAACCGCUCGAGUCCAGAAAGUUGGAAUUUCAACCUCAGGCUCAUCAUUUGCUGGACCAUCCACAAGUCGAGUUACUCUCCAAAAACUAAUAAGACAGUACAAUCUGACUGGUGGGCAACUCAGCAGUGAAAUAAGCAAUUCUGAUUUUCCCUACCUGACCGAAUAUUUCGAUGGUGUGGCGAUCUAUUCUAAAUCCAUGGGAUUAACUCCUGCUGAACAAGCCGAUGUGAAUGUGUUGUACCAUAGAGAAGGAACUCAAGUAGCCAUGACAAAAUGCUUUACUCUCUGGAAAACGCACAAUCCUUAUGCAGCAACUUACAGAGCUCUACUGGAGUUGUUACUGAAACUGAAAAAAGAGAAGAUAGCUGAUGAAAUCUGUUAGCAUGUCACUCAAUAGACAACAAGGUCCACUAUAUAUAGAACUUUUGUGGAACUUAUUGAGUCUAUAGCCAUAUAAUAAUACACUCGUAUACUGUGAACAAUUAUGAUACGUAUUUAAAAUGUAUGACUUUUAUAUCAUUAUAUUUAAUUGCUGUAUAUUUUGUAUCAUCCU